AUGAGGUUGUCAUAUGUAUCCGUUUCUAUACCAUACAGGUUGAUAGCCGAUAACUACCUAGAUUUUCUACCAGAGAAUAUUCUAGUCAACACAACAUUAACCGAAGUUCUUGAUAUUGGCUUCAAUCGUCUCCCAUCCAUCCCCGAUGGCUUAUUUCGCAACCAGACCAAGCUACGGGCACUCUUCAUGCAACGCAAUCAAAUCAGGGUCAUUACCAGAGAAAUGUUUAAGGAUCUUCACUCUCUAGAAGUACUAUCCGUAUUUGGCAAUCCUCUCAUUGAGAUACAAGCCUGGCUUUUCUUUAACACGCAGCUCACAAAUUUAUACAUGUUCCAAAACAACUUUUCUUCGAUCGGAGAGAGACCAUUUGCCACCGUCAAUAACACAAUCAAACAGGUAUCGUUGUAUGGCAGUCAUUUGACAACUAUUUCCGAUGUCGUAUGGCAAGAUUUGGGCACCAACUCCUAUGUGGCUGUUGAUAGCACCCUCCAGUUUGCGCCUGUCACAUGCCGGACUGACCUGGAAAUUGAACAGGUUGGUGAUGGGUUUGCCCUACCGGUACUUGUUUCGAAGGAAAUGGCAAAACUCUUCAAUAAGUCUGGAUUCUCCUGUUCAAGACCUGACUUCAAAGUUGAUUCGUGGCGAUGUAAGCCCUGUGCCCAAGGACAUUAUGGAGAUGCUCCAAGCCAUGCCUGUAAAGCAUGCCCAGCUGGAGGCUUUUACCAAAUCAAGACUGGACAAGUAGCAGAUACAUCACAGCCCAUCAAGUGUCAAAAAUGCAACAAUGGAACCUACGUCACCCCAGCUGCUCACCCUGGUAUAAGCCCUGCAGAUUGCACCGUGUGUCCUACAGGUACCAAUAAAAGUCUCCAUGCAGGGUUCCGCGCAUGCUUUUGUCUCGAUAAGUACUACCGGAAAGAUCGGUUUGAUGAGUGUUAUCCUUGCCCAGACGAAGGUCUUGACUGCUCAGAGGAGUAUCAACACCUCUUACCUGGAUUUUGGUGGACUUGGGAAUGGGGCUCAAACAACGACAACUACAAAGCAUAUCAACAUUUCGUUGUAAACAUCAGGAGCAGAAGUGAUUCCUACAAUAGCAGCACGCAUCAUUUUAGGGGAGUGGUGCCUAAGGUACAUCCGUGUCCACGUAAGGAGUCUUGUUUGAAUGAAGGUGAUGGUAUCAAUGUCACUUGUGAGGUUGGUUAUGAAGGUUGGCUUUGCUCUGAAUGCAGUGUGGGGUACUAUGCGUGGUUUGAUCGUUGUAAUGUGUGCCCAAAGUGGUGGUGGUUCUUACUUGAAGUCGUUCUGUUGUUGGUCGUGUUGGCAGUGGUAAUACUUGUCAUCGCUUGGGAUGUGCGGAGAAAUCGGAGAAGAGGACGGUCAGCCGUUGAUGUGAUCUUUGCUCGGGGGAAAAUCUUGCUGGGUUUCUAUCAGGUAAUGGGCGAGAUAUUCUCUGCCCUUGACGAAAUUCCCUGGCCGAAUAUUCUUAACAAGUUUGGGUCUUUUUUGAAACUACUGGAGAUGAAUAUUGUCCAACUGGUCAUCAGUCCCCGCUGCUACUUUCCAGACUUCACCUACCGCAUUGUGUACAUUGAGUAUUUGUUUGGGAUGAGCUUAAUUGCAUUUGUUAUGUUGGUUGCAUUGUGUUUCUAUUGGGUCUCAAAGUGCUACAUGUACUUGGCAGCAAGGAAAUACACCGAUGAAGAACGUAUCAAGGUUUCAUCAACUACGAAGCAGAAAUGUUACCUGUUUGUCGUUAUGCUUCUCUUUGUUUCAUAUCCUGGCCUGUCCGGUGUUAUCUUCACCCUCUUGCCUUCUGGCUGCGACCUGUUCUAUCUUGAUGAGAAUGAAACAUACAAUUCUACAAGACUUCGAUCAGAUUACUUUAUUGAUUGUCAAGAUGAGCAGCAUGUUCAUUUCAACCAUGCUGCCGAGGCUUCUCUUUGCUAUGUUGUUGGCUUUCCGUCCUUGCUGUUUGUAUUUCUGUGGAGAAGCAACAGACAAGACAAGAGGAAAAAUUCGCAGGAGCAGCCUUUGGUUGAAUCGUCAGUAAAUGAUCCCAGUUACUACAGCGUCAAUAAUCCAACUAUGUCGACAGUAAAUGAAGAUGAUUCCACACUCAAUCAACCACACAUCAACCUCCUAAAUCCCCAAAAGCAAAGUCAGGUGGAUAUCAGCUGGAAAAGUUUUCUCAGUGGAAACUACAAAGCAGAGUUCUGGUACUGGGAAGUUGUUGAGCUUUCUCGCAAAAUCAUCCAAACACUGUUUGUUCUGCUUUACGGCCCAGAUGACCACUUCACCAUGUUUGCAACCAUCGCCAUAUCUGUUGGGUUUUUGCUCCUACAUGCAUAUGUGAGACCGAUGAAAGACGCCACCGAUAACCGUCUACAGAUGUGUUCCCUGGCAACAAUCUUCCUGAAUCUCCUGGCAGCUUCCUUGCUCCUGUCUCGAACUGGAGGUAACACUGGGAGAACCGAAGUCCUUGCGGCAAUCCUGGUUCUGAUGAACUUCAGCAUUAUUGUCUUCGUCAUAGGGAGUCUCAGCUGGAUGGUGAUGAAGUCACUAUGGCGCUCUGGGUGCUGUGGUAGAAUGGCAACAUGCAUUGCUAAAGCCUGCUGCUGGUUCUGUCGACACGAGUCACCGAACAGGGAAGGCAGAAGCAGACGUCUUGUGAUGACCAGCGUGGGAGAUCAUUCCCUUGAUGUUGAUGAAGACUACGUGGAAAGAACUUAUGACGACAUCAUAUCUGAACGUUGUCAUGUGGUUGAGUAA